AUGCAAAUCCAGUUGCAAUUAUUAUUUUUUAUCUGUUUCAUUUUUCAAACGACUUGUGUCUUGGUGUCUAGUGCUCUAGAAUGUAUAACUAGCCAAAAUCCAUCAAAAGUUGCUUAUACUAUCACUGUUUCACAAUCUGGAGAUGCGAAUUUCACCACCAUUGCAGAUGCUCUCAGUUCCAUUCCUCCCAACAAUAACAAGUGGAUAAAAAUAUUUCUAAAGCCUGGAACUUACAAAGAGCAGAUACAAAUUGAGUGGAAAGAAUGCAUAUUUCUUGAAGGAAGCGAUAGUACUACAACAACAAUAACCUUUGAAGCUCAUGAUACCACAUCAGAAAGCUGCACUUUUUCUGUGGACGCCGAUAACUUCUUAGCGAAGGGUAUCACCUUCAAGAACUCAUAUAAUCGAGUGCUAAAAGGGGUGAAUCCAAAUCCAGUUCCGGCUGUUGCAUUGAAAAUUAGUGGUGACAAGCAUGCAUUUUACUCGUGUGGGUUCGAAGGAUAUCAAGAUACCUUGUGGGAUGAUCAUGGCCGCCAUUACUUUAAUUCUUGUUAUAUAGAGGGAGCAGUUGAUUUUAUAUGGGGAAAUGGUCAAUCCGUAUACGAGCAAUGUGCCAUUAAUGUGACAGGAGGAGGAUUCAUUACGGCACAAGGUAGAGAAUCAGCUAAUGAGACGAGUGGUUUUGUGUUUAGAGGAUGUAAAAUUUCAGGAACAGGACAUGCUGACUUAGGACGAGCAUAUCGUUCGUUUUCUAGGGUUAUAUUCAUCAACUCAAGUUUCAGCAAUGUUGUAAACGCUGAAGGAUGGUUCAUUUGGAAUCAACAAGGGCACGAAAAAGAUGUUACAUAUGCAGAAGUUGAUUGCACGGGGCCAGGGGCUGAUAUAUCAAAACGUGUUCCAUGGAUGAAAAAGUUGGAAAUUUCUGAAGUUGGACAAUAUGUUACGCAAGAAUUUAUCGAUCAAGAUGGAUGGAUUGCCAGACAACCAAUAUGA